CGAAGGAUGAAGGUUUACAUGGCCUACCUCACCUUGUCCUGACACAUAUCCAGUGGGAACCACUUUGCGUAUUUCAUAUUUCCGGACUGCUGGGUGGGAGAUACAUAGUACAACCGUCUGACAAAGUCGUACUAUAUAGUGGAUGAUGCUCACAGCAGGCCGAGAUGAUAUGACAGCAGCCAUUGGCAUCCCUCACCUGUAGCCCACCUCAGCUCGACACACAAUAUAUAGUUCUAGUCUUGGAGAUCAUAGACACACCGGCAGUCUGUGGCCGAGAUGCCCGUCAAGCGAGUGGCAGUAAUCGGCGCCGGCCCGGCUGGCGCCAUCGCCGUCGACGCCUUGGCACAGGAGAAGGCAUUCGACGUGAUAAAGGUGUUUGAGCGCCGUGAAGGCCCCGGCGGCUGCUGGAUAGGGGACACAAGACCCCCGCCGCCCCUGACAAACCUCACGGAGCUGGCCCGCCGCGAGGGUGAUCCGCCCGUGCCCAUCCCGGAGGCCCUCCCGGCUCGGGCUCCCCGGCCGGCCCAGCCCCGCUUCGCCGAGUCCUCCAUCUACCCGUACCUCGAGACCAACGUCGACGACGUGGCCAUGAGCUACACGGGUGGCGGCGCCGAGGACAUCCCCGCCGAGCGGAGCGAGUGGUCCGUUGCCAGGCACGGCCCCGACACGCCGUUCCGCCACUGGACGGUCCUGCGGCGCUAUGUCGAGGGCCUGUGGGGCCGCAACGGCUACGCGGACCUCGUGUCGUACAACACUGCCGUCGAGAGGGCGGUCAAGGUCGGCGGGGAGUGGGAGGUCACGCUGCGGCGGGAGGGCGAGGGCGACGGCGACGGCGCGGAUGAGUGGUGGGCCGAGAGAUUCGAUGCUGUUGUCGUGGCGUCGGGGCACUUUAAUGUCCCGUGGAUACCUCCCAUCGAAGGGCUGGCCGAGUUUGAGUCGUCGCGGCCGGGCAGCGUGCUGCACAGCAAGAUGUACAGGGGCCGCGACGGCUUCAGAGGGAAGCGUGUGAUGACAGUGGGCGCCUCCGUGUCAGCCGCCGACAUCGCAUACGACCUGGCCUCGAGCAAAGCCACAGACGGCCCCGUCCACGCCGUCGUGAUAGGCCACAACUUCAACCCUUACUUUGGCGACGAGGCCUUCAACCACCCGCGCAUACAGAGGCAGCCCUCGAUAGCACGCGUCGACGCCGAGACCCGCACCGUCUUCCUCGCCGACGGCUCCGCGGUCCGCGGCGUCGACCACCUCAUCUUCGGCACGGGGUACAGCUGGACCCUGCCCUUCCUCCCGCAGGUCCCCGUCCGCAACAACCGGGUCCCGGGCCUGUACCAGCACGUCGUGUGGCAGGAGGACCCCACGCUGCUGUUUGUCGGGGGCGUCGGCGCCGGCCUGACGUUCAAGAUCUUCGAGUGGCAGGCCGUCUACGCCGCGCGCCUGCUGGCCGGGAGGGGCACGCUGCCCAGCCUGGCCGAGAUGCGCGCCUGGGAGGCCGGGAGGGUGGCGGAGAAGGGGGAAGGGCCCAGGUUCCUCACCAUCCACCCGGACUUUGAAGAGUAUUUUGAGACGGUGAGGGAGCUUGCCGGGGAGCCCGCCGGUGGGGUGGGGAGGAGGCUGCCCAGGUAUGAUAGGAGGUGGUUCCGGCUGUUCAUGGACGGGCAUGAGCUCAGGAAGGCCAUGUGGAAGAGGCUUAACGAGCAGGCAAGAGCUGAGCUUGAGGCAGGGGGCGAGGCCGUCGCGGUGGAGAGUCGUCUGUGAGCCGGGCUGGCCCUGUAGUCAGUCGUUCCCGAGGUCAUGCCCUCUGCCAACUGUGUUCGCUGCGCUUAGACAAGACUCGCCGAAAUUUAGACACGGAUAGACGCCUGUGAAGUAGAGGAAAUAGACGUGUAAAUGAUAGCCGGCAAGCCAUGUGGAUCAGCCCGAGUGCGGAAUGGUGCAGUGGCACGUUGACCCAGGUCAUAUUUUAGUUACUCAUAUGCAGGUAGCGAAUGUGAAUAAUUUGCGAGGUUACA